UUGUCAUCAGAGGCCAUUGACAGAUCAAUUCAGCGCUGGUUAUCUGCCAUGCAGUUUUACCAUACAGGUGAAUACAGAAUGGUAAUAUUAAAGUGCCCAGAUGUAAUUGUCAUAUCUUCAAAAGCGGCAUAAGAAUAGUAGGCCUAUAGGACUCCUUGUGGCAUUUUAAAUUGUUCAUAAUUUCAAAGAAAAAAAGUCUGGUACACACGAAUGUCAAAGGUCACGCUUUGAAAUAGAACACUGCGUCAGACAUAGGCCUACCGUAACAGCAUUCGUUCUUUUUCUUUUACGCACGAGGAUAUGUUUUGGGAAUUUUAGGAAUAGGCCUACACUUUUCCAUCACCUGGCGCGAGGACGGUAGCAGCUUUAUUUUGUCUUCCAUUUUCCAGUACGUGGUGGCCUAUGCCUCUCAAAUAUGAAAGAUAACUUGGGUUACUGUACUAUGCUGAUCGACCAACCACAACAGGUCUGAGUGAGGUAAACCAGUGUGUAGGACUUCUGUUUUCCCUUUUUCGUGGUACUGUUUUUCCAUCACAGCUAUUUUGUGCUGUGAUGGUUCCAAUAACAGUGGCCACUCUUACUAUGGUGCUAUGGCGAGGCCAAAAAAAAAGCUCGAAAUAUUGGCGUGACAUUCUGUCAAAAGAAAUUAAGCUCUCAGUGCCUUAGAACUACCCAUCGCUCCUGGAGGCGAAUGAAUCACUGAUUGACCGUGGCCACUUGCGCAGACUAAUACGCCCAAUGGCCACGAAGAUUUUUACAUGUGAUAUUUGACAUGAAUCUGAUGGUAUCUGUUUAACCUCUCCUUGGGUCAUCUCACAUUACAAUUGAUAUUUGAUUCCGGCUGAUUUGACACAGAUAAACUUCCCAUGCAUUCAUGAUCAAGGUAAGGGAGACGUUAUAGCUAUCAAACAUGUGUUGUGUUUGUACCUGGCAUGCAACUUCAGUAUUGUUGAAUGUGAAAUAGUAAAGGGCUGUGUCCUAAAAUGUAUUAUGCAUCUUACAAACUGUGCACAAAGGUCUAGAUUUUUCUAGUUAAUAUUUUUAGAAUGUAGUUCAAGAUAGUUCAGUGUAGUUCAGUGUUCACCAUUUUGAAACACCAUAGAAUUUUAUGAUCAUCCUCUCCAAUUCUCUCCGGUAUUUAAACAGUCUAUUUUCUUACUGUUCUAAAAACCUAACAUCAUUCAACUUUGAGCAGAAGAACACUUCAAACUGAUUUUAUACACUUAACCUAUAUUUGUUCAGUGGGCAAGCCUCAGUUGUUUUCAAAACACUGUUACCUGUUCGAAAAUGUAUUUUCAUGCUACAGAAAGACAAAGUUUUAACCUUCCACUAGGAGUUGUGGAGUGUCACUGCAGAGUUUUACAGUGGUGUUAGUUGCGGUGGGAUAACUCAUUCGAAAGACACCUAACUAUGACCUGCAUUUUCUUUUCUUCCAAAGUAUCACAAAUAGCCACAGCACAGAUGUUUUAUCGAACCAAAUAUAAUAUUCUCUUCUUUUUGGAUUAUAAAGCCGCCUACAGAGAAAAUCAACCGCGUCGCAGACUCACUUUGAACGUGGUUAUUUGUUUAAAGACCUAUGUUGUAUUUAUAAGGCAUUUUCCCUCAACACAGUAUUGUGCAUUCUGUGGUAACUUCAGCGUUUUGUCUAGCUUGUCUCGUGCUGCUGUCCGUGCGUGCUCGGGCUACUUUAUUAGGCGCCUCCUCCUGUGUUGCUGAUCCACGGUCAGUCGCGAGCUGUUGCUGACCGAAGUCGUAGACAAAAUUACACCUAACUAUAACGCUCGGUUCCCGACAUUACAGCAAUGCCCUGUGUGUCCAUCGGUUUUUGAAUUCUAAGGAACUGAAUCCAUUACUCGAUGAAGGACUUACCUUUCGGAUGAGACAAUAGAGAAAGACGGACUGUCAUGUAAAAUCAAUUUCUUUAUCAUCGGCUUUAUGACUGCGAAUGCACCCACAUGCUCUUUCGAGUUGUGCAAUGAACUUGCGGAAUGGCACCGUCGAAUACUUUCCCAAAUAGCCUGCAACGUUUAAGUGAGUUACAAUUUACUUUUUGAUCACUAAUCAAUUGAGACGUUUGUGGAGCUUCAAUAUACAAACUUGGAUAAACAUUUUGUGCCGGACGCAUGCAAGCGGCUCCGAAAAAAAUAUGACUUUGCAGUUACUCAACGCAGGACCUUAUGCACCCUCAGCCAUUUAUUGUAGUCUACCCUAAAUAAUAGAAAGACUCACUAUAUGGUAUUGAUUAAACUUUGGCGUUUGAAGCUGAAAGUACAGUUACCCUUGCAAAACAACAAUAUAUUUUUUUACCCAAGUGUUGCCCAAGGCACGGCGCAGGCGCUCUAACUGCUUGCUGUCACUAAAGCAUUUUUCUCCACAUUGGAAACUGUCACAAGUGACGUCAAUCACAGAGAACUGACCAAUUAGAGCGCAGGGUGAUUGUUUAGCUCCACGGGCUGCACAGCCUACCAUGAAUCUCUAUUCAGUAUAUCAAAGCGUCCUGCUGCUGCCUCUCAACCGAAUGGGAUUCAAUGUGGGCACUAGGAUAAGGUCUAAACUUUAGAGUUUUAUUUUUUAGUAGUUUUUUUUUCUUGCGAUUAAAAUAUAUUUGUCAUCAUCAUUAUUAUUUUGCCUGCUGUCAAAGUUAUUCUAAAAUUAGGAGUAAUGAGCGUGGAUGCUUUGGGAAGCCCUAUGAUGGACCCUACGUUUUCCAAACGGAACACAGCGCUGAGAUUAGUUGACUUGGCAGGGGCUCACCACCAUCACCAUCAUCACCACCAUACCCCUCAGAGCGUGACAGGCUUCCCGGGGUUCAGCAGCCAUCCACACUCAAUGGCUCACGCGCACCCUGGGGAGAUUACUGCGGAACCCCGCCUGGGGCCGAGUCCAUUCGGGCCAGAACACAUGGGGCACUCCGCGGCCCUCAAAAUCAGCCCAGCCCAUCAUUAUCCCCACCACCAUCACCACAAUCAUCAUAUUGCAGGCCACACUGAAGUGGUCUCCAGUCAAACGGGAGCUUUUGGCCCGGUGCAGGCGGCGACGGUCCCAUACUCUAUGUCUCACACGGCCCAGGCAUUAUCCGCAGGUAGGGAUUUCCUCAUACGACGAGAACUGACAGCUCAAGCCAUGCCAGUGCUGACCGACCAGCCUACUGGUACAGCCUCUCACCACGGAAUGUUUGUCUCAACAACAGGUAGCUAUCCGGGACACUAUGGUCAUCACCCCGACGCUGCGAACCAUACCCUCUUCCCCGGACUUCAUCACGAACAGUCUGCUAGCGGAGCACCAGGUGGCCAAGCUCUGAACGGACAAAUACGGUUAGGAAUACCUGGAGAAAUGUACGUUAGAUCUGAUCACUUGAGUCAAGUGGCAAGCUCCAGGACAGACCCAUUCGCUACGUCGCCUCUGCACAGCUACGGCGGUCUCAAUUUGAAUAUGAACCUCAGCGCGCACCACCACGGACCAGGAGCUUUUUUCCGGUAUAUGAGGCAGCCGAUCAAGCAAGAACUCAUCUGCAAAUGGCUGGAGCCGGAACACUCGGUGAAAAAACUUUGCUCCAAAACUUACAGUACCAUGCACGAACUGGUUACUCAUGUGACAGUAGAACAUGUCGGGGGACCAGAGCAAGCCAACCACAUAUGUUUUUGGGAAGAAUGUCCUCGAGAAGGGAAGCCUUUUAAAGCCAAGUACAAACUUGUCAAUCACAUCCGAGUACACACCGGAGAGAAGCCAUUCCCCUGUCCAUUCCCAGGCUGUGGAAAAGUAUUCGCCAGGUCGGAAAACCUUAAAAUCCACAAAAGAACUCAUACAGGCGAGAAGCCGUUUAAAUGUGAAUUUGACGGAUGUGACAGACGCUUCGCCAACAGCAGUGACCGGAAGAAGCACUCCCACGUGCACACCAGCGAUAAGCCCUACAACUGCAAAGUCAGAGGUUGUGACAAAUCCUACACGCACCCUAGCUCUUUGCGAAAACACAUGAAAGUUCACUGCAAGUCUCCACCUCCGAGUUCUGGUUACGAAUCAUCGACUCCAUCUCUCGUUUCACCCUCAUCAGACUUGGGCCGUGAGCCAGCAGCCUCCUCGCUGUCCGAGCCGCUCUCUGGGUCUCAGCCCGCUAAUCUAAGCGAGUGGUAUGUCUGCCACAGUUCAGGUGCCAGCGGCUCCCAAACCCCUCCCAGCGGGGCCUCCACACCUGACCCGUCAGAGCGGCCGCCCUACAGGAAUCCCCAGGCCAGGGACACAUUCUAACAAUAGGAUAGUUCGAGUAUGACAAAUAAACAGUAGUAGGCUAUACCAUGAAGAUAAAUUGCAUUCACAAUGCGUUAUUUCGAGGAGAAUCCAUUUCCCACGACUUACUUGUAUACAUGCACUGGCACAGCAACAAAAUAUGAUGACACUGCCAAUCCAAUCAAAAAUAGCCAGCUAAUAUGAGUGUUUAUUUCUUAUACAAUGUAACGGUUACUCGUGAGCAUGUGGCUGUAUUAUUUUGUAAAUUAAGUUUAGACUUCAAUAUCUUUUUAAUUUAUUUUUGAAUCUGACUUGGACAUUUUUGUAAUAUCGAACCAAAGUGUUUCAAUAGAAGAAAAAAAUGUACAUUUGUAUAUUUCAACGUUUGAAUGUUUAAGUGUUAACAGUAAUUUUGUAUGGUUCAGUAUUUCAGCUAUUUUGAAUUUUUUGCUACUAUUGUUUGUAUAGAAUUAAUAUUUGGAAAUUGUUACAAUUUCAUAACGAAUUAUUUCCUCCAUUUGUGCUUUAUCUGAACUGUUGACCGAAAUGUUGUUACUGUAUUUGCUAUGACAAAACAUAACAUUCAAAAUUAUUGCAGUCAUUGGUCAAUGUUUGCAUUUUGUGAUUUUGUAAUACUUGUUAAGGUUUGUUAACAAUACAUUUUAUGACAAUUCGAUUGACAAGGGGGCACUCAACAUGUGUAUCAAACUGCCUUGUAAUUUGUCAGUAUUUUGAAUAAAUUGUGUAUUAUACAUUGAGAUUUUCCACUGCCUUCGCAAUUAAAACUGGAUGAUGUUGAUGUCCACAUUGCUUUUAAGCACUUAAAAUCUGAAAUAUCGACCUACAUGGUGUAGCAGUUAGACGUCGCCAUGGACUGUAGCUCAUAGUUAGGUCAUCAUGCUAGACUGUUUGACAGAGAUCGAGGUUUCUUCCCAGCUCUGGACGCUCUCCUUUCGAUUGCGCCACAAGUUUUUUUUUUUUUUUUUUUUUUAACAAUUUGGCCGCUGAUUUUCUUUCCCAUUGAAGUCUCACAGUUGAGGCAAAGCCCAAACUUCAACAGGGAGAUUUCAUAACUUGGGGUGAAUGCUUUAAGCAUCCCUCUCAGGGGAAAAAACUUUGACAAUAUUGAUUGUGCUGUCUUACUUCACUUCUUUGUGGUUGUUUUUUUUUAAGCAGCCAACUUUUUUUGUCUUAAAUGUCUGCCUGUGCUGGCUUUCACGCCGAGGUUAUGUGGGCAGUGGCUGAUGAAAGGCCCGUGUAUAUUCCCAUCCUGACUUCAAAGUUCUUCUCAUACAAAAGAGGCAUUUCUUCACGACGGUGAAUCUUCAUGGUGCGUUAGGAGUUCUAUAGUGGUAGCCGAGUCAAACUCAAAUAACGCGGGCCCGAAGCGGAGCUCUCCAAAGCCUAUUGUGUGGAGUGUAAUAUUUGCCCGCCCAUGGGGUAGGAAAUGAUAAUAUAUGUUUUAUUCACAAGAAAAGGCAAAUGUUCCCCUACUUUCGUCACACUUUUCUCUUUCUCGAUAGAGGUCACCAAUGCUGCGAAGGGUGUGACGUGUUUUAGGUACAAUUGUACACGUAUUCGUUGUGUUUACGCACAGGCUACUCGCACAUUUUGUCGAUCCUAAAC